AUGGCGCCCACCAAGCACAAGGCCUUGAUCAAUGUUGACAUGGGAGAAGCAUACGGGAACUACGUGUGUGGUCCGGACAAGGAGCUCCUCCCAAUGAUAGACCAUGCCAACGUCGCAUGUGGGUUCCAUGUUAUGGUUUAUGUUGUAUGUCAAGACACUGAAACCGGGCCUAUUCUCUGCAGCGCAGGAGACCCCCUGGUGAUGGCUGAGACAGUAGCGCUCUGCAAAGCACACGGCGUAAAAAUCGGAGCCCAUCCAGGUCUUCCCGACGUGCAGGGGUUCGGGCGUAGGGAGAUGACGCUCUCGCCUGAAGAGCACACCGCGAACAUCGUGUAUCAAGUCGGCGCGCUCCAGGGUUUCCUCGCUCGAGAAGGCGUCGAGCUGCACCACGUCAAGCCCCAUGGAAUCUUGUACGGUAUGAUGGUGCGCAACAUCGACGUCGCACGCGCAGUGUGGGCCGGCGUGCCGAAGGGUGUCCGCGUGUUCGGCCUCGCUGGGACGAAUAUGGAAACAGCCGCAGAAGAGGCCGGUCUGGAGUUCGUGGCCGAGUACUACGGCGACGUCAAGUAUCGGGCGGACGGAUCUCUGAUCGUCGACCGGAAGAAGAAGCCCUGGCUCACCGAGGACGUGAAGAAGCAUGUUCGUCAGCAGCUAGAGCAUAGCACCGUGACUGCUGUGACGGGCGAGGUUGUGGAUCUCCCAGUCAAAGACUAUCCAAUCAGCAUCUGUUGUCACUCUGACUCUCCUGGCUGUGUGGAGAUUGUCAAGGCCACCAAGGAAAUCGUAGAUGAGUUCAACAAGAAAAGGGGCUUGUGA